CCAAUCCAUUCCCAGUAUUUCAGGCCAGUUGGAAAGUAUCAGAAAAAGGGACAACACUGAAUAAGAGAACAUCAUGCGCAGGAAUGGUUUGAUAUUCAGGUUGCUUGGUAUAUUUCACCUGCUGCUCUCCUUCCAUUCUGGGGACAUCUCAGCAACUACAAUAGAACCCCCGAGAGAGUUUCAAGAACCUCCGAUCUGCAGAGGAGAGUCUCCACAGCUGGAUGACGAGGAUGAUGAAGAUUUUGGUGAUGAACCUGACGAUGGAUCUAUCCCAAGCGCUCCUUUCUGGACGGUUCCUGCCAAGGGCGGUCUUGAUAUCGAGCGGAUACACAUAGGUCCUGUUCCAGUUGGAAAGAGUGCCACAUUUCGUUGCCAAGCCAGUGGCCAUCCAUUGCCUUCCAUCACUUGGCUGAAAAAUGGCAAAAGGAUCACAGAACCGGAUGUAUUGAGCCGCAUGAUACUACGGCCAGAACAUUGGUACAUGGUGAUAUUGAAUGUCGCUCACUCCGACGGAGGGAAUUACACCUGCCUAGUGAGGAACAGAUACGGUGUCCUUUGCCAUACCUACUACUUGUCUACUGGGGAUGCGAUCCCACGCCUGACUUUGGAGGAGGGUUUGCCAGCCAACCAGACUGUGGUGGUUGGGAGUGAUGCGGAGUUCACUUGCAAAGCUUACAGCACGAGGCUCCUUUUUAUGCAAUGGCUGAAACCUAAAGAGGUCAAUGGAAGUAAAUUUGGGCCAGAUGGGUACCCUUACAUUACCAUUCUCAAGACCACCAAUAAAACGUUUGAUGUUCUCCAUUUGCACAACGUGACAGCCGAGGAUGCUGGGGAAUACUCCUGUUAUGCUGGGGAGAAGACAAGUUUUGCCUUUCGCUCUGCUUGGCUCACUGUCUUACCAAAAGAGCCUUUGGUUCAAUCCGACACCGAGGACUUAGCUUCGGGAUUCAACAUGCUUCGGGACCUUCUGGACAAGAGACUGCUUUCUCUGGAAAGACGUCUUUCUGAGUUAGAGAAACACGUCUUCAGUGCAAAGAACAGACACAACUAAGAGUCAAUGAAGACAUGAAGGCACCCACUCAUUUGCUAAAGUGGCAAUUCUCAUUUCAUGCCUUGUUUACAGUAUUACUGGUAUAGUUUCAAAAAACAUGCCUGCUUUUCAAAUGUUAGUACCUUUGGAAUAAUUACCAGAACACAAUGAGAAGCAAGCCGCAUUAUAUUUUUUUAGAUACAGAAAAGGCUUUUGACAAUUUGAACUGGGGGUUCCUCAGGGUUCAAUACUGUCUCCCAUGUU